UGGCACAAGCAACGGUUGAGGGACGGGAGACUCGCGACUUAUCAUGGGCAACCAGGUCCCUGCGACCUUGAAUGGUUGCGGAACAUAUUGCCAAACUUGCGAGCCGAAGGAUGGUGCACUCCCAUGCUCCAGUGGAUACAUGGGCUCGGAAGAGUUUGUGGAGACUCGUGAGGUGAAACAAAUGCAUGCCUGGUCGUCGCCUGCUGGGUCGCCUCGCGCGGACAUGCAUUCCAAGUCGCCGCCAAAUGCUUUGGGCACCGCCAGCAUGGGCACCUCCAGCUUUAGUCCCGGUGCCAGCCCCAACGCGUCGCCUCAGCAAGUUGGGGUGUUGGUGGGCUUGCUGGGCAGGCUCACGGGCAUGGAGGACAAGACGGUGCAAUACCCAGAUGGCUCUACCUACACGGGCUGCUUGCGCAAUGGCUUGAAACAUGGCCCAGGUGUUUACAAGAGCCCCACGGAAGUGUACGAGGGCGAAUGGCAGGAUGAUUUGCAGCACGGAACUGGCAGACAGAUUUGGAGUGACGGGCGUCUUUACGAAGGGCAGUACGUCAAGGGUCACUUCUCCGGCAUGGGACGGAUGGUUUGGAGGACGGCCAAAGGCACAAUGUGCUAUGAAGGGGAGUACUUGGAGGACCUCAAGCAUGGGACGGGCAAGUUCACCUGGCCCGAUGGCCGAUGCUACGAGGGCGAGUGGAUGAGAGGAAAGCGCCAUGGCCGCGGCGCCUAUACAACUGCGAAGGGCGACUACAAGAUUGGCUACUGGACAGAGGACAGGUUUAUACGCUGGGAGCUCAACACCUGUGAGCAGGACAAUGUAAACCGCAUGCUAAGGUAGGCGGCUGGUUUUAAGAAGCGUUGCGCUUGCCUUUGCGCGGUUUUGCAUUUGCCGCCGGUUUGUCGAGUUCUCAAUUCGGUGCAGCACAGUGGCACAAGCCAGAACCUGCGUUCUGCUUAAGAGGGCGCUUCUAGCCCAGCAUGAGCCCUU